AUGUUCAACUACAACUCCAACUUUAACUCCAACGCACCAACCACAACUUCAACAGAGACAACAGCGUCUCCAACAACCUUCACUACUACAUGUGGAUAUCCAUGUGUGUGGUCAAAAUGGUUUGAUACCACAUUCCCUACACUUGGAACUCCAGGAGGAGACUCUGAAACCUACAACAACAUAAGAGCAGAGGGACAUGAUAUAUGUGAGAAGCCAAGCAAGAUCCAAUGCAGAGCCGAGAAGUACCCAAAUGUUAGCAUAAGCCAAGUAGGCCAAGUGGUGCAGUGUAAUGUAGCAGAAGGGUUGACUUGCAGAAAUGAAGACCAGUCAGGCAAAUUCCCACUGUGCUUUAACUACCAAGUUCGAGUCCUCUGCUGUGAUGAAAAUCUUUGCACAUCUAAGCCUACAACCAUUUCACCAACAACUACAAGACCACCUGUUACGACGACGACAACAACAGCAACCACUUCCACUUCAUCAACAACCACGUUGACUACAAAAACCCCGAACUGCACAGUUUGUGAGUGGUCACCUUGGUAUAACGUGGACUAUCCUCAAUUUGGUCCUGGGGGUGGCGACAAUGAAUCAAUUAAAAAGAUUAUAGAAUCUGGAAAACAUAUUUGUGAAAAACCAGUGGAUGUCAUAUGCCAAGCAGUGCGAUAUCCAGGGGUCCCAUUGUCUGAAUUAGGGCAGAAGGUAGAAUGUAAUACGAAGGUUGGACUAAUAUGCCAGAACAAAGAUCAAGGCAUUCCUCCAAUAUGCCUUGACUAUGAAAUUAAGGUGAAGUGUUGUAAGACUGUGAAAUGUCACACUACAACACCAGUCCAUACAACUACACCUACCGUCACAAAUACAACAAUGUCAGCAUCCACAUUACCUACAACAACAAGUAAACCAACAACAAUCACUACUCCUGCAACCUCAACUCAACCUCUAACUACAACUCCAACACCCAAUACCACAAUCUUAACAUCGACUGCUCCACCUACCACAUCAACAACAGUUCCUCACGUCACUACUCAUACACCCACUACUACAACCUCAAAAUCAACAGCUCCACCUACAAAAAAAACAACAACUCAGACCCCCAGCCCUAGUACAACUCCAACCACUACUCCUUCAUCAACCUCAACAGGAGUAACACCUACCCAAUGCAGUGGUGAAGAAAAAUGUGUGUGGUCAGACUGGAUCAACCUUGGUCAGCCAACGUCUGGCUCUGAAGGUGGAGAUAAUGAAUCCAUUAAGAACAUCAUUGCUGCUGGUUAUCACAUUUGCUCUGCUCCAGAGGCAGUUGAAUGUAGAGCAAAACAAUACCCUGGACUUCAGAUCUCUCAGCUUGGCCAAGACGUGACUUGCAAUCCAUCCGUUGGACUGAUUUGUCAAAACAAUAUGCAAGGUCUUCAGCAAAAGUGCUUCGAUUACGAGAUUCGAGAGUAA